UGACGUCACGGAUGCUGCUGCCCUGACAGAGACGGUAAAGAUGGCGCCAGCAGGGACCUUAAGCCUCCGCUGUAUUUCUUCGUUUCUGCUGGUUUUUGUUGGCCUAGCUGGCAUACUAAGCAAUGUGAAAUGCGAUGAGCAGGUGCCGCUAAUUAUGUGGACAAGCGAGGGGGUCACCCUUCCACAUCGUUCACCUCCCAUGGCAGGUCACAUCGUUGGGCAGCAGCAGCUUUCCUCCUACUUGGACAAAGCUCUGGACAUCGGUCCACGAAAUGUACUCCUGUUCCUUCAGGACAAGAUGAGUAUAGAGGAUUUCACUGUGAAUGGAGGAGCUUUUGGAAACAAACAGGACAAUGUGUUUCCCAACCUUGAGGGAGCUCUGAAGUCAUCAUCAUCCCCUCUGGUGUUACCUGCUGUGUCUUGGCCUGCCUCCAAUGCUGUGAUUGGUCAGCUGCAGGACCAAUUAGAAACUUCCCCUCUGUACAUGGACCCAGAGACUCUGAGCCAGCUGAGACUCAACGCCUCCUCGCCUGCCUUGCUCGUCUUCAGGAUGCCCUACAGCGUUGGGGCUGAUCUGAUGUCUGUGAAGGAGAUUCUCAGUGGAAAUGAUGAGGUGAUUGGCCAGGUGCUGAGCAUCAUGAGGACUCAGUCCGUUCCUUACACAGCCAUUUACACAGGCCUGAGGCCUUCUAGGGAGGUGGUGUCUCUGUCUGUGGAGGACAGCCUGGGUGGAGGACGCUCUCUGCUGCAGUACAGAGGCGGAUACAGAGACAGAGGGAGAGACAGGGAGAAGCAGAGGAGGGUCAAGGAGAUGGCUGGGAUCUACAGUCCCGUGGAGUUUAAGGAGGGGGAGAACACCUGCAUCCUGCUGUGGGCCAAAGGCCUGUCUGUGGGAAUCCUUCGGAGUGGUCGCUGGGAAGAGCACGACUUGACUCCAUCUACCUUUGGUGAAGGUGUUAGCCCCAAACUCCAUGGCUCCAGCUGCGACAAAAGCAAAGCAAGGUUGGUUCUUAACUAUGAGAGCGUCCUCGGCCACCGCAGCUUCAAGCUGAUCUUUGCCAUGAGCCAGCGUCACUACAAGGUGUCUGCACGUCGCUGGUUCACUCUGGACGCCGUGGAGCUGGAAUACGACGGGACCAAGGCCACGUUUAACGGCAGCAGAAACAUUUAUGCUCCUGCAGAGUAUUCGUACCGCUGUGAGUCCGUCAGCAGCUUCCGGUGGCCGCAGCUCAUCCCACGCUCAUCCAAAGACCCCUCCAACCAGUGGAGGGUCUCUUUUGAGGACUUCCAGAUCCAGGGCUUCAACGUCAGCGGCAGCGAGUUCUCCUACGCCAGCGACUGUGCAGGCUUCUUCUCCACAGGUAUCUGGAUGGGUCUGAUGACCAGUCUUCUCAUGGUGCUGGUGCUGACGUACGGCCUGCACAUGAUCAUGCAGCUCCGCACCAUGGACCGCUUCGAUGAUCCUAAGGGCCCCGCCAUCUCUGUGCCGCAGACAGAGUAACUCACCUGCAGCGUUUCUCCUUCCUGUCACACUAAUGCUCCGUUUAUUGCAUCCCACUCCACAUUCCACCCUUCUUUUUGUAUGUUGUUUUUUUUCCGUGGUGUUGCAGCUCAUAUUUAUCUGCACAAAUGUGUCAGAUUGAACCUUAAAUGUGAAUUGUGUGAAUGAAGAGUUUAGUGUUCAGUUGCUCAGAGACACAAACUGGACCCAGUCCAGUCAGACCACCGUACAACAUUUAACUCAUCUAAGGAAACAUAGAAGAAUAACUAAUAAUACUAAAAAGAAAUACUAUUUAUUGUAAGUUGUGUGUAAAGUUUGUGUUUACAGUUUGAGUGGAUGAUGAAGACAUAAAUGGUGAAUAAAGGGAAAACACUUUGGAUUAUUUAUAAAAUGCUAUUUAUUGUUGAAACUGCAGUAAUUUAUGUGUGAGGUUUGUGUUUCAGUAAAUAGGCCGGAUAAGUGAACAAAAUAUAUAAAAACUAUCAUUCAUUGCAUUAAAUUGUUGUAUUGUUGCUGUGAAUCUAAUAAAUCAUCAGUGAAGUGU